CCAGGAUGUUUUUCUGGACAGGGAGCUCCUCUCCAUCCACCACCAGCAGCGCAUCGUGGAAACUUUUCUCUUGCCAGAAGUUCCCGUGGCGAUGUUGUGACGGAGGAACCACUGAGCAUUGUAACUGGAGACACACCGUUUGAAACUACAAACAUGCCUCGACCUGCUCGGAGCAGACUGUCUCCAUGGAUAGAGAGUCUGAUCCAGAGCUUUGGCAGUGGGGAGGGCAGCAGCAGCAGUGGUGGGCGGCUGAAGGCUCAUGUGAUCGGGGUGGGUCAGAUGUCUCAGUCCCAGGCCCAGAGCUCUGAGGGUCCCACAGGGCUGCUCUUCCUGUCCGACGGGAUGGUCCAGAUCCCUGCUAUUCUCACUGCCUCAGCCUGGGAGCAUCUUCAGGAGCAGGAGGACCGAGAGUGUUUCACCAGCCUGCUCAACACCACGGUUUGCAUCCAAGACUACCGGCUACAGUUUCACAUGGCCCCGGAGCAGACCAGGUGCAGAUUCUUUUUAUCAGUAGGAGAGCUGGUCACCACUGCAGCCGGCCCAGUUAAGGACAACACCCCUUGCUGCACCACACUGUCCUCCGUCAAGCUGAAGAUCUGUAAGACAUGGAGGGCGCUGCUGGGUCAGGAGGAGCAGGAUUCUCAGAAGAGCCAGUGUGGGUUCGAUCUGUCAGAGCUGCUGGGGGAGUGGCAGCAUGAGUGUCUGCAGGCCGUGCUGGAGGACGUGCGAGAAAGACUGAUGAUGUCGAGGAGUCGACCUGUGAGCCCGCAGCCCUCCACCUCAACAUGCAACCCGCUAAAGACCCACCCAGACACGCUCACCGCCACAAGCUGGGACGUAGACAGAAUCAAAUAUAAGGGUGUGAAAUGUUUCAAUGUCCCCAUGAAGUGUCUUCUCAUCCCAGAAGAAGAUGCAAGUGGGCUUCUCACUGCCUCUGAGGUCAGAAAGACAGAUUUACCAAGCAUUUCCAAACAUUCAGAGAACACCGAGCCUUCUGUUGACGAUGUCGACUGGCGAAUAGCUGAGCCAGCAGUUGUAAAGAGAGAACACCACACCAAUGAGAACCCCCCUCUCCCUGAGGAGGACAUUGUGCUGCAUGAGGACACCUUCAAAGGGAUCAUUGACUGCGACAUCAAACCCUUAUCCAACCCUUGGGACAUUUUUCCUCCACCGUGUGAAACCUCCUCAUCCUCUGAUGCGUCCCCAGAAGCAACACCGAACCAGUCUCUGCACAGUCCCACCGCCACUAAGUUCACGUCCGAGCAACCCGUGAUCUUAACCAGCACGCAACUAUCCGUCCACAGCUCGAAGGACUCCGCGCACAGCAAAGGAGAGAACAGCUUCCUCCCACCAUACCAGAAACUGCCACUCUCCACCAGGCUCCCCAGCGCCACCGCCUGCUGUUCAACCUCAGUUUCUGUGAGUCCACCAGAACCGUUCACCAGACCAUCAAACAUAUCACCUGCUGCAGACGAACGCCGCACCCACACAGCACAGCCAGAUUUUCCCGCUUUGAAACAAGAAAACCAGAUUUUGGACAUGCAGGAGGAGACUGCUCAGAGAAAACAUAGGAAGGCAAAGAGAAAGAGAAGUGAGCCCACACCAGAAGCAGUAAACAUAUUAGUGGAAGAGGAAGAAGCUCAGAUAAGUGGGAGCCCUCCAUCAUGGCUCUUUGACACUCAGACGGGCCCCAUGGCCAAAAAAAGCAGCAGCAGCAGUCUGCUGCAGGGUGGACCUGUAGGGACGGCCUCGAGAAAGGUUCCCACUACUCACAGCGAUGGCAGGCCCUUCUCUUACUCUUACCAAGUGUCAGGUCAGAAUCUGACGGACUUGAGCCGAGUUAAAGUUUCAGAAUCGUUGCUGCACUGGGCAGUGACGUAUCUUGUUGUUCCAAAGCAGACAGAUAAUCCACACGACACGUCAGUAACGUCCGAUCACACGUCAUCUAGCAGGACCAACGUCACUUCACUUUAGCUUCAAAAUGCUCAAGAUGCUAUUUCAGUUGUUUUCAGAUUUAUGGAUAUCACAAUGUUCUCAUCCUUAAACCUGCUCAGAUUUUUGUAAGAAAGUCUUAUUGAUUUGCAAAGUGAAAUACAGACAUAUCUAACUGUGUAAUAUACUGUAUAGUUAAAUCUAUUUUGUACAGUAAGCGUUAAGCACUGAAUAAAAAAAUCUACAGUUUGUAAAAGAUAAAUUGGUACAAAAAAAGUGUGUGUGCAUAUAUAUAUAUGCCACUGUGCUAAAUGCUCCACUAUGUUCAUCAGCUUGUUGCUAACUUUGUCUGUCAGCUGGCCAGGUAGUGCACAGUGAGUUUAUCAGACUUUUUCAGGGUGGAAUCAUUAGCAUUAGAGUGCUCUGAUGUUAUUGAGCAACAUUUAUACUGAAAGCACUGUUCACUGAGUUUACGUUCUUGAUAAUGUUAUUUGAAUAAAACUCAAUUUUGCUCA